GAUUGUGAAACUCGCUCGAACCUUCGAUCACCUUCCCUCCUCCUUAUUUGUCACGGUUGACUCGGUAUCUCCCAACGCCGUCGCAUUCGGCGGAUUCGCGGACAUAUACGAAGGUGUCUACCACGGGAGAAGGGUCGCCCUGAAACGUCUACGCGUCUGGGACGGGACCCAGAAAGAUGUACUGGUUGAAAAACUUUGCAGAGAGGUCAUCAACUGGCACUAUCUUCAACAUUCCAAUGUUCUCCCGUUUUUGGGCCUAGAAGCCAGUGACGUGUCAGUGAUUGCACACACGUCUAUGGUAUCUCCAUGGAUGGAGAACGGGAAUAUGCUCAACUUCAUCAUCAAGGAGGAUCUUCGACCGGCUGAGCUCAAGCGUUUGCUCUCGGAGACGGCGCAAGGGCUGCAUUACCUCCACUCACAAUCCAUCGUACACGGUGAUCUACGAUGUAGCAAUAUUCUCAUCGACACCGGGAAGCAUGCGCAACUUGCAGAUUUUGGACUGUCGCUAAUGGCAGAGGGAACGGGCAUAACCUCGAACGCCACCAGGACUACUGGAUCAUGGCGAUGGAACGCGCCGGAAUUAUUCCUUGACGCUGUACGAAACACCCAAACCGAUGUUUACGCUUUUGGCUGCCUUUGCUUGGAGGCAUUCACACGGCAACACCCUUUCCCCGACAUAGCAUACGACCAUCAAGUCGUUUUUGCGAUAAGUAGAGGUCGACGUCUUACCAGGCCAUCUCAGCUCGACCUCGGAGCAUCUACGAUUGAUUCUAUAUGGGACCUUACCGAUCAGUGUUGGGACUCGGAUGCGGCUAGAAGACCUACCGCUAAGCAGGUAUCCGAGGUAAUGGUUGACAUGCUGAGGCAGAGCCCGCUUGACGAGAUCGCAACCGGGACUGCGCUGGUGCACCCUGAGUCCGUCGACUUCGGAUGGGGAGCAGACGACAUCCUUGAGAUCGCUAUGGAAUAUGAUCCAAUCUUGUUCUUUACCGAGCUGGAUAUCCAAGUCAAAUAUGUCAUCGUGGAAGCUCCAUUGCGGCUCUGUAUCACUCGUAGUGACGCAGGAAAGCUCAUCGACUUCGUGUGCGAAAUACUCCUUCACUCAUUCCCACCGCCAAAUCCAACGCAGAAGAAACACUUCAUCGCGGUGCUGACCGAGUUGAUACACCACUCUCGCCAUUUACCUGCCGCACUUUGCGUCCGCGGAAUCCAGCGCACUCCGGAGUACCCGCGUUCCGGAAUAUGGGCAGAUAUCCACAAAGGCCUGCUACAGAGUCGCGUGGUGGCACUGAAACGGUACUCGGAUUACCACACGACGAAGAAGCGAUUCAUCCAUGCUAUGCUCGUAUGGAAAGCCGCCGAACAUCCUCACGUUUUGCCUCUCACCGGGCUGGAUGUUGGUACGUUCGACCCCGCGGUAUGGACAGUAACCGUCACACCUUGGAUGAACAAUGGCAACUUGGUCGAGUACAUCGACAGACAGAGAGUCGGGAAUGCGAAGAUUCACAGAUUGCUCCUGGAGGCGGCCGAAGCACUCCAGUAUCUGCAUUCAGAAUCCAUCGUUCAUGGAAACCUUCGCGGUUGGUACAUAUACGUGGAUCGCUGGAAGCACGCACGCUUAGCAGGGUUCGAUUUUGCCGCUAUCGUCGGCGACGGUAGCCCGCAAAGAAGGACCGCACAGCUAGCCUGCGAGUGGACAGCACCGGAAGCAUUUCUUCCUGAGUUCAGGCAAUAUACCAUCGCCAGCGACGUUUGGUCAUUUGCAUGCACAUGUCUCGAGGCAUUCACGCUAUUGGCCCCUUUCCCCAACCUUGACAGCGAGUACGAAGUUAUAAGGCAUCUGACGCGAGGAGGAAAGCCGGAAAGACCCGCCGCGCCAUAUGUCCUUCGGCCCCACGCCGAACUCAUAUCUGAUCGACUUUGGCGCUUGCUGGAGCUGUGCUGGGCAACGGAACCGGCGAUGCGACCCUCAAUGAGCUUUGUUGUCGACGCUCUCGAAGAUAUAGGCGGAGAUUGGAUCCGGGUACAGGAUGUGGUACCUCGAAGGAGUGCGAGUGUCAGAGGAGGUAUUGCCACGCCGACAUCAUAAGUGAGCUCGCGAACCAGUGACCACCACUGUAACAGUGGUCGUCUACGCCCAGUGUAUGUGCCUUUUGCCUGUGCAGUAUGUAUUUGUGUGCUGUAUCUACUACACGGUGUCUA